AUGGCGACAGACAAGGUUCUCGAGGGCGUCUUCGCCAUAAACAAACCCCUCGGCAUGAGCUCUGCCCAGGUUAUCCGCGAUUGUCAGCUCUACUUCAACCCGUCCAAGCUUUUUGCGCCUCUGCUGGAGCAGGAGCGUGCACAGCGCGCAAAGGAAUCGAACUACCAGAAAAACCGUCGCCGGAAGUGCAAGCAAGAAAUCCGCGUGAAGAUGGGGCAUGGUGGCACACUUGAUCCCCUUGCGACUGGCGUGCUCAUACUCGGCGCCGGCAAGGGAACCAAGGCGUUGAACAACUUCCUGGCCUGUACGAAGACCUAUGAAACCAUUGUCUUGUUCGGCGCCAGUACCGAUACUUACGAUCGCACUGGUCGGAUAAUCAAGAAGGGUGACUACUCUGGGGUGACUCGCGAAGCUGUCGAGAAGGCGCUCGAGAGCUUCCGCGGGAGGAUCAAACAAGUGCCGCCGUUGUAUUCGGCGCUCAAGAUGGAAGGCAAGCCUCUGUAUGAGUACGCUCGCGAAGGUAAACCCAUCCCACGUGAAAUCGAAACUCGUGUCGUCGAGGUAUCCGAACUGGAGCUGGUUGAAUGGUAUGAGCCUGGGACACACCCCCAUCGCUGGCCAACCGAGGAGGCUGGACAAGACGAGAAGAAUUUGGUCAAUUCGGUGUGGGACGUUGCCAAAAAGCAGCAGCAGAACGCUGCAUCAGGCGCACAGGUAAUUCUUGACCAGAGAGAUGGUAAAAAGCACGACGCCCCGGUGACCGUCGACCGACUCGAGAGCCUUGAGGAACACUCCUCCUCCUCCAAGCGGCAAAAGACCAAUGAAGGCACAGCUGCACCUGCCGCGACCACCGCAACGACUCGCGAACCCAGACUUGUUCCCCCUCAAGGCAAAGGCUCAAACCUAGUCCCCCCUCCUCCUUCUCCUGAUACGCCUCCUCCGUGGGAGGGCAAAGGUCCCCCGGCGGCCAAGAUUCGGAUGACUGUGAGCUCGGGUUUCUAUGUGCGCAGCCUGUGCCACGACCUCGGCGAGAAACUCGGCUGCGGUGCCAUGAUGGCCGAGCUGGCGCGUACCCGUCAGGGCCAGUUCGUGCUGGGGGGUGAGAACUGCAUGGAGUAUGAAGACCUGCUGAAGGGCGAAGAAGUCUGGGGCCCCAAGGUGAAGCAUAUGCUGGAAUUAUGGAACGGUACAGCCACGAGUACUCAGACUGCUGCUUCUGAUGGACAGAAGCAAGAAAACAACGGCAAGAAGAGCCGCGAGAGCAGCCCGGCGGGCAAGAGGAAGUCGUCACCGAAGAGGAAGAGUCGUGAGGGGUCGCCGGCUAAGCAAGCUCAAACAGAGCCCGUCGCUGCUGCCAGUGCCUAG